UACACGUUUCAUCAAAUAACUGGGCAUCACACCACUUCAAGAAACAUAGCCGUUAUUCAAUUCCUACCCUUCUUCCUCCAGCUAAUAUCCAACAAAACCAAGCCCCCUGUUUUUAAUUUCUCACUGACUUGUACUUUGUCUAUUCCCUACUCGUUUUCUCUCCCUUUCUCUCUCGCCGGCGGCAACCGGAUAUCAGUGUUCGCCCGCCGGAGAGGAAUCUACUAUUAUUCGGAUUCAAGAUAAUGAAGGUUUUUGUAAAGACUUUGAAGGGUACCAACUUCGAGAUCGAAGUUAAACCUGAAGAUACGGUGGCUGAUGUUAAGAAAAACAUAGAGAGUGUACAGGGAGCGGAUGUUUAUCCAGCGGCACAACAGAUGCUAGUUUAUCAAGGGAAAGUACUUAAGGAUGAUACAACAUUGGAUGAAAAUAAAGUUUCUGAAAGUAGUUUUUUUGUUGUUAUGUUAAGCAAGAGUAAGGUUUCAUCUGGUGGACCCUCAACUGCACCAGCUGCACCAGCAAGCCAAGCCCCACCUGCGAGUUCCUUGCCUUCUAAUGUGACACAACCAUCAAUAACAUCUCAAGCUCCUGUACCAGCUGCUGCUUUGCCACAAUCUGCUGCUGAAUCCAGUCCUGCUGUAGUUACUUCAGCUCUCAGUUUAGAUACAAACAUGUAUGGGCAAGCAGCAUCAAAUCUCGUUGCAGGAAGUAAUUUAGAAGCAACCAUUCAAGAGAUUCUUGAUAUGGGUGGAGGAGACUGGAACCGAGAAACAGUUGUUCGUGCUCUACGUGCUGCAUUCAACAACCCUGAACGAGCUAUUGAUUAUUUAUACUCUGGUAUUCCAGAGCAAGCUGAAGUUCCACCAGUUGCCCAAGUUGUCCAAGGUCCAGCAAGUGGCAACGCUGUGAAUCCUCCAGCUCUGGCUCCACAACCAGUUGUGGCUCCUAAUAGCGGUCCGAAUGCAAAUCCACUAGAUCUCUUUCCACAGGGCCAUCACAGUACGGGUUCUAAUGCUGGUACAGGCAACUUGGAUUUUUUACGCAAUAGCCAACAGUUCCAAGCCUUGCGAGCUAUGGUGCAAGCAAACCCUCAAAUCCUACAGCCAAUGCUUCAGGAGCUAGGGAAGCAAAAUCCAUACCUGAUGCGUCUCAUUCAAGAGCAUCAGGCUGAUUUCUUGCGCUUGAUAAACGAACCUGUUGAAGGAGAGGGGAAUGUGCUGGGCCAAUUGGCCUCUGCAAUGCCACAAGCAGUGACUGUCACCCCUGAGGAGCGCGAGGCAAUUGAACGUCUUGAAGCAAUGGGCUUUGAUCGAGCCAUAGUAUUGGAGGUGUAUUUUGCAUGCAACAAGAAUGAAGAACUGGCGGCCAACUAUCUAUUAGACCACAUGCAUGAAUUCGACGAAUGAAACAAGUGUUCCCCGUGUCUAGUUGUGUCAUAUCUCAAACUGUUUUACCUUGUGGAACCUCGUGAGCAGAGACAGUCAAAAUGUUGAUGUCCCCAUUUUAUCCAUGGACAAACAUAGCACCUUCUGCUUUCGUUGUUUUGAAUAUUCAGCCAUCAUAAUAUCAUAAAUGCAUAAUUGUGUAA